UGAUCACAAGGAAAUUACCUUAGAUCAAAUAUAAUGGUUUCUACUCAACAUGCUAUAAAUGAGGUGCAUGAUAUUGGUUUGGUCUUGACUAAAUCUCUGUUCUGUUCUGAAAUACUGAUAUACAGCCAACAGAUUUUAUUUUAGUCUUUGUUUCACAGUGUCUGACAUGAGGAUUGUCCUGCUGGGUAAAAGUGGAUCAGGAAAGAGUUCAACAGGAAACACCAUCUUUGGCAGAAAUGUGUUUAAAGUAGGGUUCUCCUCUGAAUCUACAACUCAACAGUGUGAGAAACAUGAGGGAAAAGUGGGUGCUAUAAACAUCACAAUGAUUGACACACCUGGACUGUUUCACACAUCCAUCACAAGUGAAGAAGAUCUGAAGGUUGAGAUUGAGAGGUUUCUGCAGAUGUCUGAUCCUGGUCCUCAUGUGAUUCUGCUGGUCAUCAAACUCGACAGGUUUACAGAGGAAGAGCAGAACACAGUGAGAUGGAUUCAGAAAAACUUUGGAGAAGAUGUUAUGAGAUUCAUCAUCCUGUUGUUCACUGGAGCUGAUAAAUUGGAAAAAUCACUAGAUGAAUUUCUGCAAGAGAGCAUCAAGAUAAAUGAACUCCUAGCUAUAGAUGAAUUGAAGGUGACAUAUCAUGCCUUUAAUAAUGCAGAGAAGAAUCAAACUCAGGUCUCUGAGCUGCUGGAGAAAAUAAAGGAUAUGAUGAUUAAAAAUAAAAGAAUGGAUGAAUACUACACUGCGGAAAUGUAUCAGAAGGCUCAGAGUGAGAUCAGAAAAGAAGAGGAAGAGAAAAAGAACCAAGAGAAGGAAGAAGAGAAAGGAAAAGUAGAUGGAGUUGUUAAAAGAACAAUGCAAUUUAUAAAAGGACAUUUUAAACCAAUAUCAGUGGUUGUAAUAUCAAUGAUAGCUUUUAAACUAUACAAGAUCUUGUCUGAAAGAAAUGAUUCAUAUAUCAGUAUGAAUCAGAGGUCCUGAUCUGCAUGAAAAAAUAAUUAAUGCAUGAUUAUCCACAUUUUUUUAUGCUUUUAGUUUUAACCAUUCAUAUAAUAAAUCAUAACAUGAUGAGUCGAUGUAAAGAGAUACUUUUUGUAAAUGUGAUAACAUGCGAAUGUAAGAUGGAAUCGCCUUGUUGUAACAAUUAUAUUAAAAUAAACAAUUAAAAAAAUGUA